AUGGACAUUGAUGGACUCAAUGCUGGCGCUGAGUCUCUAGAGAUGGCUGAAUCAGGUACAGUUGGACAUUGGGGCAGCGACCCUCGCAUAGCGACCAUCGCCUUGAGCCGUCUUGCAAAGCGAGGAGAAGCAAACGAGGUCAGCAGAUUGUUGGACAAAUUGCUCCAUUCGGGUCUGCAGCUGGAUGUAGUGCACUGGGGUGCUGCAAGCCGGGCUUUUGAGCUGGAAAACCAAUGGAGGCAAUCGAUUUCUAUGGUGCAGCUUGGGCGGACGCUUGAGAUCCCUCCAAACGAGUUUCUCUUUAGUUCUGCAGUAUCCAGUUGUGCACGGAACGAAGCAUGGUCGAUGGGCUUGAACCUUGUCAGUGAGGGCUCGCACAGAUGCGGAAUCAAUGAGUUUAUGAACGUUGGAGCCAUUUCUGCCUGCCACCACUGGGACUUUGCGGUUCACCUACUGGAGAUGACUUGUGACUUGCAUCUUCAGCCAGGACAGGUGGCAUUUGGUGCCACCAUCGGAGCUUGCUCGAAGGCAGACCACUGGCGAGCAGCAGAGAGCCUUCUCCAAAGUAUGUGGGAUGUUCCUCGGACGCUUGUGGCUGUCAAUUCCUGCUGUGCUGCAUGUGCGGGGGCGAGACGCUGGCGCAAAUCCCUGACACACCUGCACCUUAUGCCGGUCCUGGCGUUGCAACCCAAUCUCAUCUCUUUCAAUUCUUCCAUGGCUGCAUGUGAAAAAGGCUACGAAUGGGAGCGUGGCCUCAUGAUCUUAGCUUCAAUGGAGGUGGCUCAAGUGGUGCCAGAGAUCAUCAGUUUUGGCUCAGCGAUCAGCGCAUGUGAGAAGGGAGGACAAUGGCAGUUGGCUCUACAUUUGCUGCGGCGAAUGAGUGCAAGGCACCUCCGAGCCGAUGCGGUGGCGCUCAGUGCGGCCAUGAGUGCCUGUGAAAAGGCCGGAGAGUGGCAGACAGCCCUGGCACUGCUCCAGCCUACUUUGGAAACUUCGCGCACUUCGAGGGACAGGGGCUGCGCCUUUUCUGCAGCCUUGGGAGCUGCAGAGCAUGGCAUGGCGUGGGCUAUGGCCCUGGCGCUCUUCAAAAGGGCGCUCGAAGAGCGUGUCAGUGCAUCAGGUAUGUAUGCAGGAGCUGUGGCCAGUGCCAUCCGCAAGGCUCGUGGCAAGGAAGCGGCAGUCGACUUCCUGAAAUGCUCCAGACACUUGUGGGAAGAUGGACCACACGAGGCUCGCAGACCUCUGCCGGGACUCUUGUGGAGCCGUGUGGAAAUCCUGGGCAAAGCAUCGGGACUUGUGGUGGUCUCCAAGGCUGCAAACGUUCGCACAGAGAAGCUGGUUGAUGCAGCCUGCAAGCAGAUGCAAGAGGAGCUAUUUGUGGUUUCACGACUGGACAGACCCACCUCUGGCCUUCUACCCUUGGCAACAAGUCUUCAGGCAAUGAACUGGCUGCAGGCUCAAUUUGCUGCCAGACUCGUGUACAAGGAAUAUGUUUGUCUCUGCGAGGGCAAAUCGCUGGGCGACAUAGGUGCCGAGGGAACCAUUGACAAGCCGCUGCGUUCUUGGAUUUGGCCCGGAGAAGUCGGAAGGACUGAAGUUGCUUCCUUCGGGCGGGAAGCUGUUACUGACUAUCGCGUUGUCGAGCGCUUUGGUGCAGGCCAUGGGAUGCCAAGAACCCAUGGGUUGCGAUUCUGCAGAUUCCCACCAGGCCCAUCGGAAUUGAUGCUACUUUCAGUGCAUCCGCGAACAGGGCGCAUGCACCAAAUUCGAGCCCACCUUGCCAGCAUCAACCGUCCAAUUGUGGGCGACGAGAUCUACGGUGUGGAGUUUCCGUCUGCAAUUGACUGUGAUCGGAUGUUUUUGCACUGCCGGCAUCAACGCUUCUUGGAUUUUGCAGCUUCACCUUUCGAAGUGACGGCUGAAUUGCCCAGCGAGCUGCAAGACGUCCUGGUGAAACUGCGACAGUGCGAAGAGAACGUGAAGCCUCGCAGUGCGAGUGCUGAUGCACGCCAGGCAGUGAUGUUCCAGGGCAAGGGGGUCAUGAUUGGAUCAGAGGAUCGAAUCAAUGACCACCGGCGGCGAAGUGAACGAAACUACUCUGACCUUUUUGGCACUGGCAGUGCGAGGCCCCUCUCGCUGGGUGAAGCUGGACGUAGUGAACUCCAUGCGGCUGCAACCGCAUCCUGGCUGGAUGCCACCACAGAGACAUCUGCGAGGAAUUUGGAACGACGAAAUGGUUCUAGAGAAGGCAACUUGGUCUACGACGCGCACGCCAAGUCUGUGGAAUCGAUUGCCUUGCCACUUUCUCCGCGAAGCAGUGCUAGGCAGGUGGAUCUUAUGCAGGAGGAGCGAGCCUGCUGGGAUCUGUCACCCAAAGUGGGCAGCAUGGCCAGCGCAGUCGAGGUUGCGAGACGCCAAAGAGAGCCGCGGAGGCCUCGGUCGUAUGAUGCAGGGAACUUCAGAGCCUUAAGUGCCUCCGAACGGAAGCAUGCGAAUCUAGCUUCUGGGCAGCUGCGAUGUGCCACCGGGGCAAAGCCGCUACCACAUGAUGAUGGCAGGCAAUCACCACUCGCGAGAGGUAGUCGUCGCGGAGCAGGGAUACUCAGACUCUUGGGCUCUCCUUGCAGCUUGUGA